UUUGCUUUGUUUUGGAUAUGUUCAUGUGAAAAUUAAUGAAAUGGAUAAAAAUAUUUAUGAAACGUAUGAAUUCUUGCCGUCAAAUAGUCAUGAAAGUGAAACGGACCAGUUUUUUGUCGUGCAAAACGAUGGCACUCUCCUUAUAAAUAGACAAGUCCAGUAUGUUACACAAGUUGAAGAUGUUAAGGGCGUAUUGGAGAAUGCACAACCGUGUGCCGUGUACGAUGUUUCAUCUCAACAAUACUUUGUUGAUGUUGAUAAUUCCACCGAACUUAUCACAGUCUCUGAUCAAUAUGUCCUACCGGAAAACUCAGGCAAUGUGUAUGAAAAUAAUUUCCUCCUACAAUCAAUACCUGAUGCACCCACUGUGCAGAUGAGUGAAGAUAUGGCUGUGAGUGACCUGGUCCCGGCUCACUCGGAACUCAAGAAUGAGCAGACUGACGAGGCUGCAACAGCUCAACCACCUGACACUAGUAACUUGACAGAGAUUACAAUAACUGAUGACCAGUACCACAUGCUAGAACAGAAGGGUUGGGUCAUGCUGAAUGUCAAUGAAAAAGUGUUUCUUCUGAAUGCGCUUGGCCUCCAUGACAUUACAGGAAAUGAUAAGCUAAUACAACAGUUGAAAAAUGAUAUUCAAAUAUUCAUGGAUCUACAAGCAGCUCCAAUGGAAAGUAAUCCUGUUUUAGAUGAGAUGCCCAUUGUGCCCUUGAAACCCAAAGAAAAUGGGUUUACCACUCCCAAUGAUAAUGUCCCAAUGAAACCUGCCAGUCAAGAACAUAUUAUAUCUGGAAAUAAAGAUAAGAUUCAAGAACCACACAACAAACACGAACAAUCAACCCAACCAACCUUAGAAACUGUGAAAAAUGAAAAUGAAAAAUCAUCAGAUGCCAAAAAACUGAAAAGAAACAGCACAGUUAUACGUUUAAAAACAAACUACUCUGUAAAAGAUAUACCAGACAGAAUAGUUUUGGGAAAAACGAAAAAUGGGAAGAGAUUGGUCGCCAAAAUAGUCGACGUAGUGCCACCGACUGCCUCUCCCUGCUCUGACAACAUGGCGCCAGGCCACGACCAGAGUAAACCCCCUCCUGGUAGCAAAUUAGAGCCAGAAAAGGAAAUGAAAGACUCUGAUGACUCGUCCGUAGAGCGGCUAGUAGAACUAGCCCUGCGCGGCGGCGGCGCGACGUGCGCGGCGGGCGACGUGCGCGCCGCCGAGGCCGUGGUGCGGCGGCUGCGGCGCGCGUGCCGCCAGCCCAGUGCGAACCGCGACCUCGUCGUCACUACGAUAGUGAGACAGAUGGACGCGUCCGACAACAUACUGCACGAGUCUGCGCCCACGCUGGUGCCGGGGCGCGCGGCGCAGCUGGACGCGGCCGCCGACGACUGGAACUUCAUCUACAUACCGCACCUCUUGCAGCGGCUGACAAGUGAUGACACUCGUAGGUAUCCUUGUAUAAGUCUAGAAUCAAGUCAAAUUAGAAUUUCAUAUUUUACGUGGUGCGGUCAGCAUCAUAAGUAUGUAGCUCUAUCCCAGAUAGUGAGACAGAUGGACGCGUCCGACAACAUCCUGCACGAGUCUGCGCCCACGCUGGUGCCGGGGCGCGCGGCGCAGCUGGACGCGGCCGCCGACGACUGGAACUUCAUCUACAUACCGCACCUGCUGCAGCGGCUGACCAGUGAUGACACUCAAGAUAUUGAUACCUACUCUCCGGGCGAAUCCAACAAGCUGAAGGACGACUACGUACUGCACAUCCACGUGGUCGAGUGCAGAUACGAGAAUGCGCCCUCCAAGACGUCCAUUUCACUCACUAAAAGACGGCUUCCCUCCUUUCUCACCAGCCGGCCGUGCAUCACGGUGAAGAGGGGGGAGGCGGUCCACGCGUGCACCGCUUGCGCCAAGCUGUUCCACAAUGAAAGCGAGUUGAAGCUACACAUCGCGGCACAGUGCACAGUCGAUACAGAGGAAGAGAAACAACCAUUGAUUAUAGACACAGGCACUGACAGCACACCAGCAACCAAAAACUGUAAAGGAUACCAAACUUGCCCUCACUGCAAUGCACAAGUUAAGCAUGCAAACUACAAGAGACAUUUAAUAUCGCACUUUGGAAGCACUGACAGUGACGAGAAGGACACAACUAAAGAAGGAAAGAUUGUGAAAAGGAAGCCUAUUUAUAAAUGCAAAAUGUGCCCCACCACAUAUCUUCAUUCCUCGACAUUGUCCAAGCAUAUAAUGGCACAACAUAUAAAGUCAAAUGUUUUAUUAGUGGCAGAUUAAUAAUAUACGUUAUCGUAAAAUAGGUA